CCGAACGGGAGCUGGAAGGGCUGAUCUUUCAGUGUGGGCUGCGUAUGGAGGAUCUGAAGGAGCAGGUGGAACAGAUGCAACAAGAGCAGCCCACCUGUGAGGCUCCUCCCUCUCCACCUCCUUACCCCACCCCUUCAUCUGUCCCAUCUGAGGGGGGAGAAACUCUGACUUACCCACAGAGCCCACCUGUGCCUUUGCUGGUCGAUCCAGGAAAGGCUGCAGCGGGGGAAGUGAGCUCAGCCAGUGAAGAAGAGGAAACUCUGAAUUCUCUCUACCUCAAACCUCUGAAUGACAAACACAGACAUGCUGAACAAGACUUUGCCACACUAAUGGAUCACUACCAAAGCUUUAAGGAACUUCCCAAACUUUUAGACCAUAGCCAGAGGUCCGCCUUAACAAGUGAUCUGCAGCCUGGGGAUGAGGAGAAAGAGAGACAGGGUCACAGAACUGCAAACUUGGAAGUCCAGAAAGGUGUUCCACAGAGAAAAGCCAAAUCCUACUAUCAGGACCCUCCUGUUCUCACCAGUUGUCCUUCACGCAGGGCCUCCAGCCAGUCCACCACGCUCCCCGUUCAUCCUCACAGAGGCAGAAGGACGUUAGAGGUGGGAAAGUCCCACAGUAGCAGUCUGAGCAGUCUGGGAGAGAUUACUUCAUUGGAAAAGAGGAACUCCAGCAGAGUGCUCUCUCAGGACGGGAUUAUCUCUCCGGAGACGGACAGCGGGUUUGUCUGUUCGGAGAGCAGCCGUCUGACUCCGGCAGCAGCAGCUCAUCUCCACCAGAGGGCUUCAGAGAGCAGUGUUUCAGUGUCUCAGGAGGGGAACCCAGGGAAGCCUCAGUUAGGCCCAGUCUCAGCACCGUCUCCUGCUUCUGCACCAUCACGCAGCCGCACGGCUACGGAGCCCAGAAGGGCCCCCCAGCUCAGCCACGACAUGCCGAGGAGAACCAGACAAGGGCAGAGGAGACGCACUUUCUCCUGCUCUCCACAGCGCCGCAUCAGUCAGACAGAACAAACCAGGGCCGACAGCGGAACCAGUGAGUUUGGGCUGGAGAGCGACAGCUCUCACACUACAUCUGCAGACAGACAGAAUGACCAGUACACGGAAUCUGUCAAUUCUCUCUACAACUCCAGCCCAAGCUCCUCCCCCGUUGCGCAGAAUCACCAUGGCGAUUCUCUCAAAGCACUGAGCUCUAGUCAGGCGGCCAAUCGCAAUGAUGCAUUCCAGACGCUGCAGGGCGAGGUGAGGAGACUGAGGGAGAGACUAGAAAGCUGUCUGAGAAAUAACAAGCCUCUGAGCUCUGCGAGAGCAGCUCCUCUGGCUCACGAGUACUACACUCACCACAGCACCUCCACACCUCGCAUCAGGUCUGGGGAGCAAUGGAGUGAUGUCAGACGGACGGUCGAUGAGGUUGAAGAGUCUACAAUGAGACAAACAAUCAGGAAGAAACCGCUUUCUGCACACAGACGAAAAUCUCAACCUGAUAUCUUGACAGGCUCAGAGCCCUCUACACCUCAGCAUCUGGUGUCCAAGUGUACUCAAACAUCUGCUGCAGCACCAGACAACCACUGUUCGCACACAAAUGCUGUCCAAGGCAGAACAAACCCCGGGCAGCGUACCGGUGUGUCUGAAACAGCAGAUGAAUUUGACAGCAGAGGGCGUCCAGCUCCUCUUUGUCCUCAGUGUUUGUCACACCACCGAGGGCGAUCUGAAAUGCCAGUUGGUGGCGCCGGAGAGCCAACCCACUCUUCUGGCUAUCAUAACUGUUCUCUCUUUGGACGCCCUGAACCCUACAGAAGCAAUACGCCAGACUGUCACAGAGUCUCAGACUCCCCCACGCACACAUGCCGCCAACCAGUCGACAGAGCUGCGAGGAGCAGAUACUUUGCAGCUGCAGCUCCUCCUACACUGCUGCGAUGCAUGCCAGUGUGCCAGCCACCACUCCUGUUGUACUCAUCACCCCUCUACGUGUCUCCUAGCAACAGCACUGGCACCUCAGGGGUCAAGGGUCACAGAGAGGUGAGGGGGAGGACAAGACGCUCCCUGUCGGUAGACAAGCGGCACUCCGUGGACACGUCUCUGAACAGAGCCAUCAGAGCAGCUCGGCACAUGAAGCGCACCUCUGGACACAUGGCUCGCUCGCUGGCUACAGGAGCGCACUACCAGCAGCUCCUCACUUAGUCCUGCAGCUAGACAGGCAGCUCUACCAGCAGCUCCUCACUUAGUCCUGCAGCUAGACAGGCAGCUCUACCAGCAGCUCCUCACUUAGUCCUGCAGCUAGACAGGCAGCUCUACCAGCAGCUCCUCACUUAGUCCUGCAGCUAGACAGGCAGCUCUACCAGCAGCUCCUCACUUAGUCCUGCAGCUAGACAGGCAGCUCUACCAGCAGCUCCUCACUUAGUCCUGCAGCUAGACAGGCAGCUCUACCAGCAGCUCCUCACUUAGUCCUACAGCUACACAGGCAGCUCAGACAGCAGGGCAUGACCAGGUGAAUAAAAAAUCUAAACUCCUUCUCUUCUUGUAACUUUUCUUUGCAUCCUACAUUUGGAGAAGAAGCUGUUACUGGAGCUUUGUUUACGGCAUUAAAAAUGUUUUUAUUUUAUGGCAACAUUUAAGUCUCAGGUGGCCAAACAUGAAUUUGUUUCUUCUUUGUUUCUUGUCAUAGAAAAGAAUUUCAAAAGAUGUGCUGGCAUACAUUGAAAUGACACUUUCUAAACUGACGUAGUACUGUAGAUCAGUUUGAUAACACUGUUGUUGAUCAUGAUUUUCAAACCCAUGAAGAAAUUACAACAGGACAAGUUACAGCUGUCUUUUCGUGAGGUAAUACUCAGUUAUUUUGAGCUAUUUAUUGAUCCUGUACUGAAUACACAUUAAUUAUGUAUUUUUUUUUAAUCUUUUCUAGUUUGUAGAAAUGUAAGUAUUUCAGUGUUUUAGUUGCAGUAUAAGCGUUUUUCCUUUCCCGAUACAGUAGCCUGCCACUCACUAAAUGAAAUGCACUCCUGUUGUGACGGAGUCGGUUGUGGAUAGUCGUACAAGAGACCUCCGCGGAUCUAUUUUGUGAAUGGUCGACACGACCCGAGACGCCGGAUAUCCUCAAAAUUAGCUUCUAUGUUGUUACAAGUUAUUUUGUAUGUAUAAACUACACAUUUUAAAUUGUGCAGUUUGACAAUAAAAUUUUGUACAGUAUUUUUAUAAGCUUGCAAGUUUAACUUAAGUUAAAGUCCAACUGUGUACUGUGACUGACCAGCUUUAUGUGGAUCAAACAUUCACACACCAGCACUGUAAAGGAUUUUAACAUAAAGAGAGAACUAUACAAUUGUUACAGAUUUGAUGGAUUGUAUUCUCACAUUGAAAUUGCUUUCUAUGCCAUAAAACUGUGAAUACUGUUUUUUUUUACCAUUUUUUCCAACUGUAGGUCUAAAAAAUAUUUUGCAGGGAAUCUUUUCGGUGGUCCCUAAGGAGCCAAAUAAAGGU